AUGUCGACCGCGACCUACGACGUCCUCGUCGUCGGCGCCGGCGUUGCUGGCUCUGCCCUAGCCCACGCUCUCUCCACCCUCCGGCGCCCCAAGCCACUCCGCAUAUGCCUUAUAGAACGCUCUCUCGCUGAGCCUGACCGUAUAGUUGGCGAGCUCCUCCAGCCGGGCGGCGUCGCAGCAUUGCAGCACCUCGGAAUGGGCGCAUGUCUUGACGGGAUUGACGCCAUCCCCGUGCACGGCUACUGCGUCGUCCUCAAUGGCAAGCCGGUGCACAUUCCCUAUCCCGACGCGAAGGAGGGCCGCAGCUUCCACCACGGACGGUUCAUCCAAGCUCUCCGUGCAAAAGCUAAGAAAGCAUCUGGAGUGGAUGUGGUCGAGGCAACCGUCUCUGAGCUGAUCGAGUGUCCAAAGACGGGCCGCGUGUUGGGCGUGCGUGCCGCGCGCAAGCAGGACGGUGCAUCGGAAGGCUCCGCCGUGGAGAAGGAAUCCUUUUUCGCGGAUCUGACCGUCGUCGCGGAUGGCUGCUUCUCGAAUUUCCGUUCCACAGUCCUCGCUGGCGCAGGCGUCAAGCCAGAGACGAAGAGUCACUUCGUGGGAGUUGUGCUGGAGGAUGCAAGGCUGCCUAUGAGCCAGCAUGGCACGGUGGUGCUCGUUGAAGGCCACGGUCCUGUGCUUCUGUACCAGAUCGCUCAGCAUGACACUCGCAUGCUGGUCGACCUUAAAGUACCUCUUCCGUCCGACAUCAAGGAAGUGAUACUCUCCGAGAUCGCACCCCAGCUUCCGUCGUCGCUACAGGAGCCCGUGCGGACCGCGCUUGCAAAAGACCGUUUGCGUCGCAUGCCAAAUUCCUUCCUCCCCCCUGCUGAACAGGGCGGUCAACAUACGAAAGAGGGUGUCUUCCUCCUCGGCGACUCGUGGAACAUGCGGCACCCUUUGACGGGCGGCGGCAUGACUGUCGCAUUGAACGACGUCGUAAUGCUUAAAGAGCUACUGACACAUGUGGACGACUUGUCGGAUUGGAGACAAGUAUCGCGCGUGCUGCACAGGUGGCAUUGGUCGCGCAAGCGGUUCGCGUCGACUAUCAACAUCUUGAGCGUCGCGCUGUAUGACCUCUUCGGUGCCGAUGACGAAUGUUUGGGGGUCCUUCGGACAGGGUGCUUCAAGUAUUUUGAGCUGGGCGGCGACUGUGUUCGUGGGCCCGUCUCAAUGCUCUCAGGGCUCGAGCAAUCGACGGUUCUGCUCGCACGUCACUUCUUCGCUGUGGCAUUUUACGCCAUCUGGGUGAUGUUCACCCACCCCCGGGAUUUGCGCGUUGCGGAGAAGCCCGUGUACGCAAGACCGCGCUUGGACGAAUACCCGCUGCUGCUCUUGAAGUGCAUACAGGUGUUCUGGACGGCAUGCGUAGUCUUCCUACCGCUCGUGUGGACGGAGAUCAGGUGGUGGUGA